AUGGCGGAAUCAAUGUCACCACCUCGUUCAUUGCCUUCGUCUCCGGCCGCUGCGCCGGCCCGAUCGCGCUCGCGGCCCUCGCUGUCCAUUGAUCUCACCAGCAUUCCUCCCCUGUCCCAACCGACGCCGCCGUCCAACACUCUCAUCAUCACCGAGCUGAACGACCUGGUUCUUUUCCAGCCGUCCUCUCUGGAAUCUAUCCGCAACCAAAUCACCGUCAUCGCUCGAUUGAACUCCUUCUCCCCGCUCCCCUCAUUCCGCCGCAUCAUCUGCUCCUUCCACUCUGACCAAGAUGCCAUUGCUGUCCGGAAGACGCUCGAGAACACUCGUCUGUUGAACCGCAAUGUGCGUCCUCGGGUCUAUUUCGGUGAACCCACCCCCAUCCUGAGCCAGGAGGACACCCGGCGCAAGCAGUUGCUGGAAGCGCCUCAAUUGGACAAGCUCUUCUUCAUCUCGCCGCCCCCAAGCCCCCCGCACGGAUGGCAGAUGCGCAAUGAAGAUCCUCCCAACAAGGAGGUCCACGCCAGUGAUCUGGCGACUGCCCUGGCCAAGCUCAAGACCGACCACUCGGAGCCGAUGAACGUGGAUCCCGCCACCCCGGUCUCCAUCAGUUCCGACCAGCGCACGAGUAGCUUCCCCAUGGCGGGGCCACAAUCGCGCAGUCGCAGCAGUACCAUCAUCUUCCAUCCCGAAGACCACGGACACAGCCCCAAUCUUCCAGCCGUGACGGUGGAAGACACCAGCUUACCUGUGGAUGAGGAUGUCGACAUGGACCUGGAUGAGCAGCUGAGUCCGGUGGAGAUGUCGGUUCACAAAAUGCCUCCCAAGACGGCCCGGCCGCCGGUGGAGUUGAUGCAUUAA